AUGUCGGAGAAAGAUGCUACACUCAAAGCGGUCCAGGUGGAAGCGCUGGUUGUGAUGAAAAUCAUCAAACAUAGCUCCCAGGCCUUCCCUACUAUCGCAACCGGAUCACUUGUCGGUAUGGAUGUGCGAGGGACACUCCAAGUCACGAACUGUUUCCCUUUCCCAGUUGUCGAUAUCCCAACCGAGUCCCAUUUCGAUAAUGCUUCCCAAAAUUCCGCUGCUGUUGCUCCACGCGCAAAAUCGAAUACAGUUUAUCAGGCUGAAAUGAUUAAAAUGCUGCGGGAGGUAAACAUUGAUGCCAAUAAUGUCGGAUGGUACACAAGUGCAAACAUGGGGAACUUUGUCAAUUUGAACGUCAUCGAGAAUCAGUAUUACUAUCAGAAAGAACUGAAUGAGCGGACCGUGGCGUUAGUUCAUGAUAUUAGCCGUAGUUCUCAGGGCGCGUUGGCACUUAGGGCUUUUAGACUAUCACCCCAGUUUAUGGCCGCAUUCAAGGACAACAAGUUCACGAGCGAACAGCUCCAGAAAUCGAACCUUCGAUACCAAGACAUCUUUGUUGAACUCCCCGUUCAAAUUCAUAAUUCCCACCUUCUCACAUCCUACCUCCACCAACUCCCAACCCCCACUCCUUCAGAACCCUUGGAUUUCCCUCCAUCCCUUGACGCUCUGACCUCUGGACCUUACUCCUCGUCUUCUCUGUUGACUCCCAACUUCGACAGCCUUUCUCUGAGCAUUGAUCCAUUCUUGGAGAAAAAUUGCGAUCUACUCCUGGAAAGCAUCGAAACUCACCACACCGAAAACAACAACUUCCAAUUCUACCAACGAUCUCUUGCACGCGAGCAAGCCAAGAUUGCGCAAUGGCAGGCUAAGCGCAAAGCCGAGAACGCCACACGUACCCAACUGAAGCAACCGCUGCUACCGGAGGAUGAAUGGCAGCGACUCUUCAAACUUCCCCAGGAACCUAGCAGGUUAGAGACAUUGCUGAAUACUAGACAAGUCGAGCAAUAUUCGCGACAAAUCGACGGCUUCGUGGCUGCGACAACGGGGAAAAUGUUCGCCGUCAAGGGCAAUCUACUUCCAGGUGAAUCCCAGGUUUAA